AUGAUUCAAAAAACCGUUAGAACCAACGACCUCAUUCUCCUCUGCCAAAAAUGCAAAACCCUAAACCAACUCAAGCAAAUCCACGCCCACAUCCUCACUUCGACCCGACCCGAGAACCCGUACGAUAUCGCGCCGCUCCUCUCCGCCGCCGCGAAACACGCUUCCGGGUUCUCCUACGCUCGCUCCAUCUUCCACCACCGCCGCCGCCACCGCAACACUUUCAUGUACAACACCAUGAUCAGACGCCACGCGCCGCCGGCCGCGAUCGAGUGCUAUCUGGACAUGUUGGAUUAUGGCCUCGUCGCUAACAAGUUCACAUUCCCGCCGUUGAUUAAGGCUUGCUCGAUGUUAAGUUCUGGGCUGACUGGACGGUUGGUUCAUGCCCAUGUUGCUAAGUUCGGGUUUUCCGACGACCCGUUUGUCGUUAGCGGGCUGAUCGAGUUUUACUUGGUUGUUCGUGACAUUGAAUCUGCGAAAUCGGUGUUUGAUAGAAGCUGCGACAGAGAUGUGGUGGUGUGGACGGCGAUGGUUGAUGGGUAUGGGAAGAUUGGGGAAGUUGAGAAUGCACGGAAGGUGUUCGACGAAAUGCCUGAGAGGAAUGGCGUGUCGUGGAGCGCGAUGAUGGCUGCGUAUUCGCGAGCGAGUGAGUUUGGAGAGGUGAUUAGUUUGUUUGGGCAAAUGCAAGAAGCGGGGACGAGGCCGAAUGAGUCUGUGCUUGUUAGUGUUCUCACUGCGGCUGCUCAUUUGGGUGCGGUGGAGCAAGGGCUGUGGGUGCACUCGUAUGCUAAGAGGCACAGGCUUGAGUCGAAUGUGAUAUUGGCCACUGCAUUGGUUGAUAUGUACUCCAAAUGUGGGUAUGCCGAAGCAGCUACGAAGGUUUUCGAGGGCAUGGUGGAUAAGGAUGCCAAAGCGUGGAAUGCUAUGAUUGCCGGGGUUGCAAUGAAUGGUGAUGCAAGGAAGUCGAUGGAGCUGUUUGAAAAAAUGGUUGGAGAUAAGAUUCAGCCGACAGAGACCACAUUCGUUGCCCUUCUCUCGGCCUGUAGGCAUGCGAAAAUGGUAGACAAGGGACUUGAAUUGUUUGAUCAAAUGAGUGCCCUUUAUGGGGUUAAACCCAGGCCUCAACACUAUGCUUGUGUUGUUGACCUUUUGGCCAGAUCAGGCAUGUUAGAGGAAGCUGAGAAGUUUAUAGAAGAGAAGAUGGGAGGACUAGGAAGAGGAGAUGUCAACGUGUGGGGGGCAUUACUAAGUGCUUGUAGAGUUCAUGGGAAUCUUGAAGUGGGGAACAGAAUUUGGAAAAAGCUCGCUGAUAUGGGAGUAGCAGAUUGUGGUAUUCAUGUUCUUUCACAUAAUUUGUACAAGGAAGCUGGCUUAGAAUUCGAGGCAAAGAAAGUCCGAGAUAUGAUAUCAGAGGGUGGACUGAAAAAGAAACCUGGUUCCAGUGUGAUAGAGGUAAAUUGAGUGGCUUAAGAAAUGCUUGUCGGUGAUCUUUGUCCUCCACAAGCACAAGAAAUGCUU